CAUUCGUGAAUUCUCGGCCCCCCGCCCCCCGUUGCAUAGUAACAAGAGCAAUUAAAGAAGCAGAAAGUGCAAUGAUUUAACGCUCAACGUAUUUUUCCCAUUUGCUCGACCGUUCGGUCUAGAAACAUGCCGGAGCGUUAGUGCGGUUAAUUAAGUCAUACCAUGGCAGGAGAUGCAGCCUCCUUGAAUACCCUGGAAGGACUUAUGAAAGAGUUUUUCUCCAAUGAAACAAGCAAUGGACGGAAACAUGAAAUUGAACAAGUCCUUCAUGCUUUUAGCAGUCAGCAGGGAUCCUGGCAGCACUGCCUUUAUUUCCUUGCUCAUUCUGCGGAUCCCUAUGUCAGCAUGUACUGCCUAUCUACCAUUGAGACUGUUAUAAACAAGCAAUGGUCUGCAUUAGCUUGGGAGGAAAGAGCUCAACUUAAGUCUGCGCUUUAUCAAUUAUUAAUACAACGACAUACAUCUGUUCCCCCUUUUGUUAAAAAUAAGCUAGUUAAACUUGUAGUGGAUAUAGCUCGUUUGGACUGGCCUCAUUUUUACCCAGAUUUUUUCACAAAUAUUAUUCAGCUGUUGCAGAGUGCAGAGACAAUUUCGUUAGGAUUAGUUUUUGUUCAAACUUCUUCGGAAGAGUUAAUAUCGUCCAGAGAAGAUCUAAGUGUUUCUCGCAGAGAAGAACUGCGGAGAUUACUUCUCCAACAUGUGCCUCAAUUAUUUGCCAUCCUUACAGGUAUUCUAGAGCAAGCACAGCAAUCAGAAGGGAAUGCCAGCCGUAGAGGGAGCUCCAGUGGUUCAGUAGGUGCCCCUGCUGUCACCGCAACACCACCACCUAGUCCAACUCAUGGCCAACCACACUCAGCUUCCCCUCCUGGCUCUCUUUUGAGCUGUAUGCUAUCGUCAGGGGGUAGAGAAAGAAGCACUGGUGUUGUGAGAUUGGCUCUUGAAGCACUCUCACAUCUGUUGUCAUGGGCCCCUUUGGGUCCCCACGUAUCUCCCUCUCUCACAUCUGUAGUAUUUUACUGGAUCCAUGCACAUCACUCGGUACAUGCAAGCAAUACGGAUACAAGUUUGAGUGUGCUAGCAAUGGCGACAGUCAAUGAAAUAUUUUACAAGAAGUGUGUUCCUAAUGACUGGGAAGAAAAUUUAUUAAGCCUUUGUGAGCAAGCUUUGGCUCUAAGUCAUGAACUAAUUAAUCAUAUUGGAAAUCUUUCGGAAGACCUUAUUGAAAAGCUACUGGAUUUUUUGAGACUAGUUGUUAGCCAGCAUUUGCAUCGACUAGAGAAAAGUCCUAAAUGGCUUGUGUCACAGUUACUUUCUCUUUUAUUGAGAUUCACUUUUCAACAGCCUAGUUUAGAUGGAUACUACCAGUGUCUUGAUAUAUGGGAACAACUACUGGAAUAUCUUCAACAACGACAAAAUAGUCAGCUCAAUGCAAGGUAUCAGGAAGCCUUAGUUUUAUUAGUUGGCCAAGUUUUGAAAAAAAUGCAGUUUCGUCAAAAUAGGAAUGAACUUUUAAAUCUUGAUGAUGAAUCUCCUGAUGAUGAUGGAGAAACUGAAUGGCAAAGAUUUCUUCAAAAAAGCAUAGAAAGCAUUGCCACUGUUGCUGAGCUUGCCCCCCUCCAUAUUUAUGCUCUUGUGCUUGAACCAUGGAAAGAAGUCUGCUCAGAAUACACCCAUUUAUGCUCUGAGAAAGUAGUAACCAGUACUGACUUACAAUAUUCAGUUCGAGAUCUAGCAUCUUUGACUCAGGCUAUCGGUCGGUUUUACCCUCACUUUACGGGUGAAAGUUUUUUGCCUGGAGUACAACAAGCCCAACAACUGGUUCAGGGCCUUGUUGCUAUGGCUGCUUUGGCAACGAAGCUUCGUCCUCAUCAUUGGUCCCUCUCCCCAACAACUAUUUCACGAAAUUUGUUGCUUGUACAUGUACAAGUGCUAGCUGCGUUAAAGGCAUGGAGUCACUGGAUUGCACAAAUGCAAGCAAGUUCAGUUGAUCAUGCCCUAGUAGAUCGCUUAAUCAAUGAUAUGGUGCGAGCCACUGUAGCACUCUUACAAGAUCAAAAUGAACAAUCAACCCUUGUACAUGCAGCUGCUCACCUACUGCUAACACUGGCAGGCACAGUAAAAUCAGGUCAACUUUGGAGUAUGGAAUAUGUACGCAGCCUCUAUAGUGACCCUCUUACUCAUCUGGAAUCUACUACUCAAGGUGUAGUCCGACAAGCACUCUGCAGUGCAUUAGUUGCUGUUGGAAAUGAAGAGUGCUUCGAAGAAAGACACAAGCUUAUGGCGAUGCUUGUUGAUGCAAUGACAAAUGAUGUGAGAAGAAUAGCAGCGGCUGGAAUACACAAUCCUCAAGAUGCAGCACCUGUAAUUUCAAGAACAUUCCGUUCACUUGCAGAGUUUAUAGAAAAUUCACAGGUGGAAAAUACAUGGGGAAAGAAGCUGCUGUGUUCGUCACUGCAGACUUGGUUGGAGCAAUCUUUGAUUUUAUUCCCCAAUUAUGUCAGUGAUGCGGAGGUCAGUGAACAAAUCUUGAACUUUUUCCUUGCUUCUUUUGGUACAUUCCAAGUUCAGCUUGGGGCAGCGUUUACUCAGCAAGCUGUUCAUACAUUCCUUGAGUGCUUUACCCGUGAGCAGCUUUCUGUUUGUCUGCUUCAAGAGAAGUGUGGUGGUGUAGAAAGGUUCCUACACAUUCUGCAGCUUAUUGUAACACAGCCAGGCAAUGCAUUUAAACACUUCAUUCCCUCUAGUAUUACUUUAUGCAUGGAUCACAUAUAUCCUGUCAUUGCAGAACAUCAAGCUCCAUUAAUUAAGCCUGCUGUCUUCCAGCUUUUGUUCAGUAUUUUGUUACACAAAUGGCAAUAUUUUUACUCCAGUCAACUGCAACAGACAAGUGUCAAGUCAGAACACAAAGCACAGCUUCUUUCAAUCCUCAAUGCAUUUGGUCAGUCGCUUCUUCAGUCUGAUAUAAAUGUUUUUAGGCAAAAUCUCCAAAACCUAGAAAUAUUAAAUAAUCGCUGGAAACUUUAUCAUAAGGCUGAAUUCUGUGAAGGGCUUCUUCCCAGAUUUUUAUCAGUUCUUCUUGAAACCUUAGUCAACAAGUCACAUGCCCUUCUAAGUGAAGACAUUGCUGUGGCAGUCUUCAACAUGGCAAAUGUUGAUUUUAGCUUCUUUUUCUCAUCAUUUCUACCUGAAUUUCUACAAACAUCUGAAGGUUUAGAUGAUUCUCAAAGAGUCAUUUUACUUCGUAAUUUUAACAAUUCUACCGAUUUGCCAUCAUUUACUCAAAAUGUGUCUCGUCUAACAAAUGACAUGAGGUGUUACAAACUUUGCAAUUCAUUUCUUCCUGCUGGUAGUAUCCAACUCUGACAAGUUUCGGGUCUCAUUCUACUGUAAAGGUUAAGUUUUCAUUUUGUUUGUUAGAAACCAGCAGGAUUUAGAAAAUGUGAUUAAAUUUGUGUUUCCAUGGUUAAAAUUGUGGAUUUUAAAAAUAUGAAUGCUAAUUUCUGUGAUGUGAAGUUUUUCAUUCAUUUUCACUGUGCCAUUUCAUUGUACAUAAUUUCUCAUUCAUUCUUAGUUAAUCUCUACAUAAAUGUUGUUUCUAUUACUUAAAAAUCUUGUAAAAAGAAGUUUUGUUUGUACUUUUGUUUUGUUUGAGGGUGGUCCAGUGUUUGUAAAGAUGCUUGUUAGUAUGUAUCAGUCAUUUCAUACGAGUGAGGAAGCAGAAAAAGUGCAUGUAAGGAGAAAUCUUCUGUGUUUACUUAAAAAGUGUGGGAAAUGCUUGAAAUAAUUUAUCAACAUUCCUAGCAUUUAUGACAAAAAACAUUGCUUUGUUCCUUAUAACCUUCACCUAUUCUACAAAAUAUUUUAAAAUUUCUUUUGGAUUUUCAGUUCAACUUAAUGAACUGAUAUUUAGUUUUUUCAAAAGUUUUUGUAUCUACUACAAUUUUUAGUGUUUGUUAACAAAUUUUAAAGUAAUCAUAUUGUUGAGAGAGUUUUUAACUCCGCUGCCAUAUGUGAAGUGAAGCUGGACUGCAUAGGAUUGUAAGAGAGCUGAUGAUAUUUUUUAGAGGAAGUUGUUUUUUUUUUCUUUUAUUAUCCCUCAGUUUGUGUCUGUUUUAUAAAGGUAGCAACCCUAAUUACAUGUUAUUAUGAUGAAAGGCUGACUAGUAUUUUACAGUAUUGUGUGGUAAAAUGAAUAAGGGACGGUCAUACUGUAUUUAAAACCAGUAUUUUUACAUUGAUUUUGUCCAGUCUUAACUACUGUUUUGUAAAACAUAUUUCGAGAUGCUGCAGAUGUCGCUAAUCAAAUUGUUUCUUGCAUUUGUCAUCUUGUCACCUGUUUGAUUGUGAAUAGAGCAAACGAGGAUAUUUUAAAGAGAAGUAUUCACAACUUGGUUGCAGUGUGGAAUCUAGGAGGUAAAUAAUUGUCUUACUGAAAAGGGACCAGAUAAAUCAAUCUCAGAGGUAAAAUGAACUUGCUGCAACUUUGUUUCUUAACUUUCCAUUUGAACUGUAUGGUCUUUUUAAGAAAUUAAUUAUCAUGCCAUGUGAUGUGUUAUAUACAGUAACUUAUGGGAGAUUUUACACCAUUGUAUGCUGCAGACGGUGGAAGAGAAUUGACACUUUUGUCGUUUGUCAGAGAAUUUAUGUAUGCAUCUGUGAAGACCACAACUUUUGUAAGCAAUAAUUUAUGUAUGACAUUUAUGAGGGGAGUUCAGCUCCCUUCGGUUUCAUGCUUUUGAACUGUUUUUCCUCCUGAGUAGCUUUUUUACUUUUGAACAUUUUGUAUGACACCCAUAGUUUGUAUUAAAUUGUAAUAAAAACGUUUGAUUGGUGAUAAUCGUAAAUUGAA